AUGUUGACUUAUUUAGAAGUUAGAAGCACUAAAAACAAUGGAAUAAUACAAAAUGUAUCGCAUGUUCACCAGAUCAGCUGGAGCAAAUUUGAACAAAAGUUACAUGAAAAGGUAUCAUCCUUAGAUGACUUGUAUGACCUUCACAGGUCCCUAGUCACCUCCAUUAACUCAAGAUGCUUCCUGACACAUAAUGGUGCUGUGGUUCAAAAACUUGUGCGGGAUGUGUUCUCACUGAUGCAACGCUUCCGUUCACAAUACCUCUCCCAUUCCUGGCAAGCUAACACUCAGUCUGGUGUGAUGGAGCAUCCUGGGUACACUGCUCUUAGGACAACAUAUCAAGAGUUUCAGAAACAUUCUUCGUUUCUACAUAAAUCCCUUCUGGAGGAAGAAGAUAAACUACAUGAGGUAAUGGUUUUUUAACCUUAUAUGUUUGCUUGCAUUGGGCAACUGCAGUCAUGCAUUUUGAGUAUGAAGAAGUCUUAAAUUACUGAAGUAUGCAUACCCUCAGUGGCAAAAUUCCUUAUAAAAGAGCACUUUUUCUUGGAAUUUGAGCUUUUAAAUUUUCUCGCCUAAGGAGCUAGUAAGCUAGUACAGUUUAGGAAUAAGUCUUAUCCAGCCCUAAAACUAUUUUAUAUAUCUAUAUAUGAUGUGCCAUGGUAUUGAUGAGUAUCAACCAUUUUUACAAUAUUUGUAUUGAUAUCAAUGAUAAAAUGACCAAUACCAGCCGAUACUUUUAAAAUAUUAAUAUUACGCGUUUGCUUAAAAAUAUCAAAAUU